UAAUUGGCGACUUGCACAUACCCGAUCGGAAAUAUUACAUCCAUCCUGCUUUCAAAGCGCUACUUGCCCCAGGCAAAAUCCAACACGUCUUAUGCACAGGCAAUUUGUGCAGUCGAAGUGUCUACGAUCAGCUUAAGUGCAUUUGUGCUGAUGUCCACGUUGUUAAGGGCGAAUUUGAUGAACUUUCCUUUCCCGAGACCAAAAUACUUACCGUUGGGCGAUACAAAAUUGGGCUGACUCAUGGACAUCAGGUUGUCCCAUGGGGCGACCGCGAAAGUUUAGCUAUGCUUCGACGGCAGCUCAACGUAAGCAUCCUUAUCUCUGGCCACACGCAUAUACCGGAAGCCUAUGAAUACGAUGGCGGGAUUUUUCUUAACCCCGGAUCUGCCACCGGUGCUUUCAGCCCUUUGAAAGAGUCCCCACAGCCAACCUUCAUGCUACUUGACAUUCAGGAAUCCUCGGUCAAUCUUUAUACGUACCGUCUGGUUGGUGACGAACACAAAGUUGAUCGGAUGGAAUUUCCCAGCGCCGCCUGA